AUGAUAUAUGACAGUGGAAUUCAAAAUCAAGGACCUUCGGUGAUGGGAGAGUCUGGGAAUAAUCCGGCCAGCCCACCGACACCAGUUGAGGGACCUGUUGUAGGUAUCCCAGAAGGCUCUGACAGUCCCGUAUCUAUUUUCGACAUCCUCUACGAGAUGGUGGUCGACGAAGAUCCCAACACAGACGCACUACGCAAAAUUCUCUCAAAAGAUGGAUCUAUCGUUGGAAACAAAAAUCCGGAUGGAUCCAUGGCGCUACAUGUCGCAGCAACAAAGGGUCUACUCAAAGCCGUGGAGAUUUUACUCGAGUUUCAUGCGAGUGUAAGCGCGCAGGAUGAUUGGGGGAGACAGCCUCUAUACUUAGCUUGUUCUCACGGAAACACAGAUAUAGCAAAGCUGCUUUUGGCUCAAGGCGCAGCGAUCGACGCCCGAAGGGAUGGUCAUACUUCCCUUGAUGCAGCUUGUUGGUCAGGACAAGUAGCUAUCGUCGAGGUUUUGAUUGAGAAAGGUGCAAAAGUCUCAGUUGCGGAUAACAAUGGAUGCUCUCCCUUGUUUAUUGCAAGUGCAUUAGGAUACGAAAAGAUCGCAAAACUGCUUCUUGGGAAGGACAAGUCGAAUAUCAAUCACAAUGAGAAGGUGUAUGGCAGGACGGCGCUUCAUGUAGUCACGCUUUUGGGCUAUGUGAGUAUUGCUAGUAUGUUGAUCGACGAGGGGGCAGAGGUCAACCUACAGGACAGCGAGGGCCACACAGCGCUACACGUUGCUAUCUUCAGAAGAUUCCCUCGGCUUGUUACUCUAUUUCUUGACGGAGGCAGCAAGAUUGACAUUCAAGAUCAUCAUGGUUGGACUGCGCUUCACUUUGUUGCUCGAUUUUCUGAUAAGGAGAUCGCCACCAAAGUCCUGAGCAUCGGCGUGCAGGACAUUGUCAACGUUCAAGAUAAACACGGACGGACGGCUUUGCAUAUCGCUAGCAGGCACAGUAAUGAGAGCGUGGUAAAGGCACUCCUUGAAGAGGAAGACAUUCGCAGCAAAUUAGAAAUGAACGUCAAAGACAAUGACGACAACACGGCGCUACACCUUGCUGCUGGUGCUUCAGAUGGAGACGUGGACCAAUACGACCCUGACGAUGGCUCGGAGAGUUCAAGCGAAGAGAAGGCCAUCCGCCAAGGUGCCAUAACCGAGGAGUUGUUGGGCGCCGGAGCAGACUCCAAAAUCAAGAACAAGCAAUCGAAAACGAUUAUCGAUCUCAUUAUGGCGGAUGAUGAGCCAUAUAGAUUUCGGGGGCUUUUGGCUUACGUAUCUCACCCCUAUCUCUCCCCCGAAAGCACCCCCAAUGACCUUGAUACAAAGAAGAAGGAAGUGAACAGUGUCUUGACAAGAGAGGAGUUCUUCACACUUCUGACCAAACUCGUUCAUAAAAGCUCUCCAGGCAUAGCAAUAGACACGACUUUGAGAUCGACACUUUACAUGAUACUGGACGUUUUGAGAGACGGUGAUAGCAUACCCCUGCUCAAGCACUUUCCCUCUGCCCUUAGGUUACUCAUUGCUGCGUCGAGUCCCAACGAUUACCUCAAUACAAUAUUAAAGAGCGCGGCGGAGUCUAUCGGCAAUAUCUUGAAGCAAAGAAGACGAGCACAGCGUUCCAAGGAGAAGCCGCAGAUGGCGCCGCAGACAAACAUCGCGAUAUUCAACAGCGAAAGCAAAGAGAUUGUACAAGACAAGAGAAAAGAAGUAGUCAAUGCGGGUUGUGAUAUUCCAGAAGAGAAUUUGAAUCGGAAGGUGCUGGGCGAUAUUAGAGAUAUACUUCGGGAUCCCCAAUUCUCGCAGCUCCAUAGAGACGACUACAGCACAUUCAUCAGACCGCAGGCCGGCAAAUGGCUAGAAGGCGUGUUGGAGAGGUUUGAAGCUGUCAUCGUCCAAUUUUAUAAAGAGAGAGGAGAAUCAGGAUCACUUCUCAGGUACCGAUCGGUGAAUGAGGUGAUCUACGGGGCAGGACCAACGACGAUAAUGAAAGCCCGAUACCACUGUGCGGAUUUUAAAUUCAAGCAAGAGCCAAGGCUUUCAUGGGUUCACUUACCUUCGACUAAUAUGGUAUGGAUGCAAGAUCUUAUGAUGCGGAUUUUGAAAGAGGAAGCUGAAAAUUCUAAGGCUCAAAAGGACAAGGACAGAAGAUCAGAACAAUACUUCGCACUAAGGUCUUUCUUCCAAGACAGCUGGAUCCAGGUGCCAGAUGGCGAAACGCCGUCUAGAGUGAUGAAGCCACGAGCUUUGAGGCAGAAUGGAAGUAACCCGCCGCAAGAUAACUUUGAUAAGGAUCAGGACACAGACUUGGUAGAGCAUGAAGCUCCUGAGUCAGAACGAGUCGCGAACAUCCCGCAAGCUUCAGCGGUUUAUGUGGGUUCCUUUAAUUUCACAGGACCUAGAUCUCGCUCUAACCGUUCAUCCAUACAGAUGCCUUACUUCUGCUUCUCGACUUGCCACGACGAGGCGAGGGACAAACUAACCGACUCCGAGAGGAUCAAAGCUUACCAGGCACUGCUGAAUGGAUACCAAGACUCGGUUAUUCACGAGUCCCCUACCCUUGACGAAUGGUAUUACCACUUUGCCAUGGACAAGAACUCCGCCGAAGAUAAAAGCAUGCGUAACCGGGAACAAGUUGUUACUAAGUUCCUGAAAGAGCAGGAAAAGACCAAAGAGGUUGAGAGCGAGUUGUCUGCAACUAGAAACACUUACGUGGUUGGACAGGCUCGCGAUGAAACCACUCUGUUCAAUCGACUCAGUCGCGGGGCAACAGGCAAUAGAAGCGACCCGCCUGGAAAGGUUAAUGGAUACCCUACCAGAGUCUCUUUGAAAUAUCUAGUCAAUAAUCUAGCCGAGGAUGGUACGAGGGGUUCCAUCUUGUUAGCCGAGAAACUAUUCGCGGACAUCAAAGAUGUUCGGGACGAGCUGAAUAUUCUCAAGUCAUGUGCACGGUUUCAAAAAACAGUGCAAAGAGACCUGGCGAGAGACUACGUCCAAGACACGAACCACUCAGCAGACUACGUCGAGAACGAUAUCAUGGAGAUGGACAGUGUUGCAGACCGGAUACAAUCUGCGCUGAAUGCGACUCUGUCGCUCCAACAAAGCGAGAUUGCGAAUGACCAGGCGGAAAUUGCACGUCAGCAAAACAAGGUCCUCAUGACAUUUACGGUUGCUACUAUCUUCUUCCUUCCGUUGUCGUUUCUGUCCUCUUUAUUUGCGCUCGAUGCUGAAACUUUCAAAAAGACUCCGGGCUGGGUUUUUUUCGUGAUAUUCCUGGUCUCACUGGGUGUUUCUGGAGUCAUUUGGGUCCUUGCUUUGUUCGUGAAUAAGUUUGCGACUAUGAGAGAGUACAAAGCACAAGUUGCUUCGGGCUCAGAUGCAAAGGGUCAGACAAAAUUACGCAUUGAUGCAAAAUCUAAGGGCACAGCUAGUACUGUGGAAGUAGAUAGUGGAGGAGUAUUUGGUGGACGUCUCAGGUAUCGCCACGGUCGCACAAAAAUCGGGGAUCAGGAACUUGGGAACAUGACGAGAUCAGAAGGGAAUUGA